AUGCAGAUGAGCAAUGAAAUUAACAUAACAGAAGGGAAUGAUUUCCUCUACAAACACCAAUUUAGAGAACAAAAGUUUUAUCUGCUUUUUCGUGUUGAUGUUACCGCAUUAGCCUCCGGAUGGAAAUGGUACGGCAAUUUAUCAAAACGAUCAACUCUACUUAUGAGCAGCACGUUUAUGAACGGGGACGAUACUAUGGGAAAGCGUAAAAUAAUUAAUUACGUAGCAAGUGAGAACACUUAA